GAAAGGUGGUAGAGAUGAUGAAUCAGAAAAAAACCACAAUAACAGAGGAAGACAAUCAGAAGGCUAUCGAAGGGGACAGGUAUUUGCCCUUUCUGUCGAGUAGUUUUCUUAAAUGAGCUAAUUUGGAGUGACAGGGUGUUUAUCUGACAACACAAUUAUUUGAAACUUGACCUGUAGAAGUUUGUAAUUGACCAUGCCAGCAACCAAUGAUACACUUGAAAGAGUUUUUUGUGCUAGAAAAUGUGUUACUUUUUUCUUUCUGCAGGAUAUUGACUCUCAAAAACUUCUAAUAAAAUGUCUUUGCAAAAUUGAUGAAAAUAUACACACUUACAUGAACAUGUAUUAGCUAGUAAAGCAGGAAGUUACAAAGUUUGCAAUCUUUCUUUUGCAUCAUAAUAAAAGUAUCAGAAGCAUCCCUGUAUGUUUAAUCCUUUCACUCUAGGAGUGUCCAAAAAUUAUUGUCCUGGCUAUAUCGACACUUUUUCAUAAAAAGAAAGGUGAUGAGAAGAAUUAAAAAAAUAUCAUCCAUAGGGUAUUGUUUGAUUUCACAUAAAAUUCUCAGUGUUUAAUUAAAAGAAAGGUAUGAAGGAUAGUGAAGAGGAUUUGUGUGAAUGUUGAGGUGAAUUUUGUUGCCUGCUGCAUUAUUUCUUAACCCUGACAAAAGUAACAUGAAUUUGACAUAGUUGUGUCUCUGUCACCAAUACAGGAGGACCGUGAGGAUAGCCUGGGUUUUCGUCCUGAAGAUUACGCAAAGAAGGGGUAAGAUUUUUGUUCUUUUGAAUUGUUAAAUCAGUCAUUAGAAGGUUAACCUUUCCAAGUUUUGCAAAAGUUAGCUCCACCCUCCAUAGGGUAGGGGUCUGUGAUUUUGGGUCCUAAUUAUUGGGCUACUUCCUUAUCUUCCCAUGACCAAGCCUUUUAGCAAGGUGGACUUGGUUUCAAUUUUUCAGAGAUAAGUCUCACACAAAAAAGAUCAAUUAUGAGGCAGGUCAGGAGGUGUAGGUACUAAAAUUAAUCAAGGGAGUUACUGGGGGUAUUACAAGAUAAUUUGGCUUUGGUAACUGAGUUGAUAAUGUAAAUUUACCCACCAUGAAGAUUUUCUAAAGCUGACAUUUUGAGUGCCAUUUGGGGUGAAGUCCAAGUCCAAAAAGGUCAAGUCUAAGUUCAAAAACAAGUUUCAUUUGUGGGAGAAUCAAGUCUUUUUAAAUCAAAGGCUUUGCACUUAGUUUAGAAGAGAGACAUUUAUUUCAUUUGAAAAAAAGCUUAGUUCUUAAAGUUAUUUCUCUUUCCUUUUUUUUUUUUUUCCCAUAGCAUCUAUCGUGGCUCAGACUCGUAUGAACACAGGUCAAGUCACUUUGCUGCCUAUUUCCUAACUUCUAUUGUAAUGGUUUUUGUUGCUUAUGCUCUGUACCACAACAGACAAAAGGUAACUGUUCUAAUUUUUUUUUUUUUUAACAAAAUUAAUUUAGGGAACUUAAUAAACAGUAUAUGCCUCCUCUCUGAUUUUUAAGUUAAGUUACAACUACUUGAAUAAUCAAUGGGAGGUAGCAAAGUGGCAUAUAUGUGGAGUGAAAUUCACUUGGCAAAAUCGGAAGGGUGAUUAACUAGUUGUAAAGUUUACGUUAGAGACAAUAAAAUGUUCAUGCGAAUAUGCAUUUAAAUUAAGAGCUGCUACGAAGUGCUUUGCUCAGUAUUAGUCUGCAUGGCCUAUUCCUGAAGGAUUGGGCACUAGUGCUGGUCUCCUCUGCAGCCUUUUUUGGGACGUCACACAACACUCCCCCCUGAUUAGACAGCAUUGUGUGACUUUCUAGAAAAACAGCUACAAAGGAGCUCCUGUUGCCUAACACAACAGAAGACGUCUUACUCUUGGCACAUUACAUAAGCCACUUCAUUAUGCUUGCUAUUGUCACCCUGUUCUGUCUCCUUACUAGUCCCUUUCCUCUCUUCACGAAGGGGCUUCAGUGGUGUGUACUUAUCCGAGCUCGAGAAUUGUAGUGAAUCUAUUAAAACAAUCUUUCAUCUGGAUUAUGAAUGUAAGGGGUUUGAUCGCUAAUUCAAUGUAUUGUCUAAUUUUGUUUCAACGCAGAUUAUAGCAAUCAUUAUAGAGGGCAAGAGUGAUGGCAGUAGCAGGAGACGCGGUUACAGGAAACUGGAAACUAACGUAGAAGAAGCCAUGCCGUCACUGAAAAGUGCAAAUUCGACAUACGUGUAUUAGAAUUUCUGUAAAUUGAGAAGUAGAAAUUAGUUUAUUUACAAAAAAGGACAAAAUAUGUAGCAAUACGUCAAAACAAACAGACAAAGGUGAUAGAAUGGGAAACGUACUACAUCAAAAGUUAACCAUUUG